GAGGGAAGUGGCAUGUGCAGCCUGUUCCUGCCAGAAGAAGAUCGGAUUGUAGAGCUGGAAUGCGAUUACCUUGAACCUGUUGUCCCGCAGACAGGUGACGAAGUGAAAGUUAUAGCUGGAGAGGAUCGUGAAAAUACUGGUCAGUUGAUUUCCGUUGACAACAAAGAAGGUGUCGUAAAACUGGAUUAUGGAGAAAUAAAAAUGUUGCAGCUCCUUCACUUGUGUCGCUUUAAGCCGCUGUAAAUCCACAUUAUUAUCAAUUGUAAAUGACCUAGACAUUUUCAUAAUUCAACUUGGCGCAUUGUCUUUUCUAGUUGAAAUUUUUGGUCAUA